AUGGCUUCGUUCUACGAGGUUGCCAAGCAGCACCCCAAACGUGCCGCGGCGCAGACACUCAUGCAUCCCGUGGCGGAGAAGUACGACCUUGGGGACUACUUCUACCUCGACGUCUGGCCGUUUGGAUGGCCCAUGCUCAUCAUCCUCAACACGGACAUGAUGAACGAGAUCGAGGUCAAGACUUCCUUGCCCAAGCACCCCGCCACCGACCAAGUCAUCCGGCACACUGGCGGACCCGGGAACUUGGUGAGUGCGGAAGGCCAGACGUGGAAACGAUGGAGGAGCGCGUUCAAUCCCGGAUUCUCCGCCUCGCAUCUCAUGACCCUAGUUCCUGCCAUCGUUGAUCAGUGUAGCAUUUUCUGCAACACUCUGACAAGACACGCAGAGCGACAAGACCUUUUUCGGAUGGACCCAGAAACCACGAAACUGACAAUCGACAUCAUCGGCAAGGUUGCCCUGGACCUCGACUUUCGUUCGCAGAAGGAACCGAACGAGCUCGUAGACACUUUUGUUAAUCAAUUGCGAUGGAUGAACAUUGGUGUGCAACCGAGUAUCCAGAGCUUCCUCGAUUUUCGAGCGCCAAUCAUGCGGAGGUACAACACGUGGAAGAUGGAUCGUUACAUUACCAAGCGACUAACGGAGCGCGUUGCCACUCGCACCAGUCGUGGCAAAGGGAAGGCCGUCAUUGAUCUGGCUCUUGAGUCGUACCUCAAAGAUGUUCAGAACUCUGGCCAAAGCGUGGACGAUGUAAAAACUCUCCCCAAGGACUUCACGGAGGCCGCCAUCUCGAAUCUGAAGGUUUUCAUUUUCGCAGGGCAUGAUACGACCAGUGCGACGAUCUGCUACACGUAUUAUUACUUGAGCAGGAACCCCACGGUGUUGGCCAAAGUCCGGCGGGAGUUGGACGAGGUCUUCGGCACUGACCCUACCGCCGUCGGGGAGCAUUUGAAGCGUGACGCGUAUCUUUUGAAUAAAUUGGAGUAUCUGCUCCUCGUCAUCCGAGAGGUUUUGAGGCUGCAGACGCCAGCGAGCUCUAUCAGAACCGGGUAUAAAGGUUUCGUCCUGCGCGAUCCUCGAACCGGUGAAGCAAUACCUGCCGAUGACAACUUUCUCAUCUACCCCACCGGCGUAGGCUUUGGGCGCUCGAAGCAAUAUUGGGGUGAUGCCGACGUCUUCCGUCCCGAGCGUUUCCUGGAAACCUAUAACAAAGAUGCCUGGCUGCCGUUCAGUAGAGGCAUACGGAACUGCAUCGGACAAGAGCUUGCCAUGAUAGAGAUGAGGAUCAUUUUGGCCAUGACAUUACGAAGUUUCGACUUUCACGAGGCGUUCGAUGAGCUGGAGAAGCUGAAGGGAGAUGGGAGCGGGUAUCCGAGUGACACUACCGGUGUGCAGGAGCAAUUUGGAGAGCCGGCGUAUCAAGUUCAGGUGCUUACAGCGAAGCCGAGAGAAGGCAUGCCGUGUCGAGUGUCGUUGAGGAAGCAAUAG